AUGCUUCGUCAGUAUUUCACACUGGAAGGCACAGGUGUGGCCGCAUACAAUGAUAACGUUCCUGCAUUGCAAGAGGUGUCGAGGGCAAACCAGCUCCUUAAAAAUACGACGGAAAAGCGUGACGGGCGGUAUACUACCGGGUUGCUGUGGGCGGAAGAUGAGGUGUGUUUUCCAGACAGCCUUCCGAUGGCUAAAAGACGAUUGCUGGCUUUAGAGCGUAAGCUGGAGAAAGAUGAGCAUCUGCAAAAAGAAGUAUACGAUCAGGUACAGAUGUACAUAGAGAAGGGUUUCGAACAUGAAGCCACCAACGAAGAGUUAGUAGAAGCUCCUCGAGAUCGAACAAAGACGUGUGGUGACAUAGAGAAAAUGUUUCACCAAGUGCGGAUACGGCAACAGGAUACGCGCCAGCGCUUCCUUUUUCGACUUAAUCGAAAUGAUCCGCCCAAAACAUAUUUGAUGGAUGUAGCAACAUUCGGAGCAACCUGUUCACCGUGCUCAGCCCAGUACGUAAUGCACCUGAAUGCCGAUCAGCAUAAGGAGACAUAUCCAGAAGCUUCAGCUGCGAUCAAGCUGAAAACUUACAUGGAUGACUAUUUUGAUAGUUGUGAUACGGUUGAAGAAGCCAACAUGAGAGCCAAACAGGUGCAAUUCAUCCAUAGUCAGGCAGGGUUUAACAUGCGCAACUGGCUGAGCAAUGUAAGAAAAGCACUGGAAGGGUUGCAAGGGUUUGGUAGAAGCCAAACCAAAUCAAUCGAAAUUGGCCAGAGAGAACCGUUUCCGAGGGUACUAGGCCUAAUUUGGGACACGACGACGGAUACUAUAAAGUUUGCUACUAAGUGGCAACCUGACUUAAAACCAUACGCAACAGGAGAACGGAGGCCGACGAAGCGCAUAGUGCUACGAAUAGUUAUUAGCCUAUUCGAUCCUCUAGGACUCAAAUCUCCAGCAUUAAUUCAUGGCCGUAUCAUCAUGCAGGAUUUGUGGCGAUCCGGUAUAGAUUGGGACGCGGAGCUAAGUGAUCCAGAGUUCCGGAAGUGGCAACGACGGGUCGGCCUGUUACCCGGUUUACAAGAGUUGAGCAUUCCACGAUGGUUCUUCCUGAAUGCUGCUUCGAUUGACUACAGCAACAUCCAGCUCCAUGUGUUCACCGAUGCCAGUGAGCUUGGAUACGGUUGCGCGGCUUAUUUACGUAUGGUGUCGGGUACGAAUAUUCAUUGUAGUUUGGUAAUGGCACGAAGUAAAGUGGCACCCCUAAAGCAUCUCUCCAUCCCGCGCCUAGAGCUGGAAGCGGCUUUACUGGGGGCAAGGCUAAUGAACACCGUGAGUGAGAGCUUGGAAUUCCAAAUCGUCCAAAAAUAUAUCCACACUGACUCUGAAGUGGUGCUGUCCUGGAUACGCUCUCCUACAAGGGAAUUUAAGCAAUUUGUAGCAUGCCGCGUAGGGGAAAUACUCACGUUAACGGAGCUUAAUCACUGGAGACACGUCCCGUCUAAAGAAAAUCCAGCCGACUGCCUUACCAAAUGGUGCAAGGAAACAGCCAUUCUACAAAACGGGAUGUGGUUACAUGGUCCACAAUUUUUGUACCAGCCUGAAACAGCGUGGCCCCCGCAGAAAUUCAUCCAACCUACAACGGAAGAACAGCGUGGAUAUGUGAUGGUACACGUGGCGGUCGACGAUAACCGUAUUAACUUGGAUGCAGAGCGUUUUUCUAAAUGGAGAGUUCUUGUGCGCACGAUAGCCAUUCUACAGCGUUUUGUGACGAACUGCAAAAGGAAAGCUGAAGGACGGUCGUUGUUAACGCUCAAGCCGACCAAGCUACAGCAACGAUGUAUCAAGAAACACAUUCCUGCCGUGCAGACGCCUUUGAGUUCCGAAGAAUACGAACGGGCUGAAACCCUGAUUUGGCGAUUUACGCAAGAGGAAGCUUACCCCUCAGAAGUGCGCAAACUGAGAGACGAUCUUGGAAAGGAACCACAUGCGCCAGGAGAGCUGGAAAGAUGUAGUCCUCUGUACGCUCUCACGCCAUAUGCGGAUGAACACGGUGUUUUGCGUGUGAGUAGUCGAAUAUGCCGAGCAAAACAAAUAGAGUACAAUACACGGUAUCCGAUCAUACUCCCAGAAAAGCAUUCUAUAACGCUGCUCCUUGUAAAGGAUUAUCAUCAUCGGUUCAGGCACGCCAAUCGUGAAACCGUAGUGAACGAGCUAAGACAGCGGUUCCACAUAAAGCACCUGCGCUCAUGUGUGUCGAGCGUGAUGAAGAAAUGCUAG